AUGCGCAUGCGCCAUGCGCCGCACGGCUUCACAGAGACGGCCUCCGCCGCGAGGGGCCUCGAGAAGGAGAAGGAGGCUGGCGCGCACGACGCAGCGCCCGCUGCGCCCGAGCCCGGCACUCCGGGCCUGGCGAGCUACCAGGGCGCUGCGUUCGGCUUCGAGCUCGCGGACCUCAAGCUCAGCGUGAAGCAGUUCGACGAACGGCAUGGGCGCAUGCUCUUCUCUUCCCCUCGCAUGACGCUCAACACGUGCCUGAUCUGCCCCUGCUGUGGUGUCAUCGGCAUUGCGUACGCGCUGCCCAACUCAUUUAUCGCGCUGUACGUCGGCACGAUCGGCGACGAGGACUCGUCGCAGGCCACUGGGCAGCUGGUCAUCAUUGCUGCGUGCGGCGUUCCUGGCUCGCUGAUCGCGAGCGUCGCCGUCGAGCUGCCAUACCUGGGACGCCGCUUCAGCAUGGCAUUCUUCACCCAUGCUGACCGGCCUCUGCCUCUUUCUCUUCACCACGGCGAGCACGUCGAGCGCCGUGCUGGGCUGGAACUGUGA